CUUGAGACAGCCGUCCCAAAGGUGAGAUGGUCGUCCCAAGAAGCCAAUUUCAAACGGGACGCCCGUCCCAAGUUUGAGACGCCCGUCUCAGGGCCAAAUUUUCAAGUGAGACGGUCGUCCCACUCCUCAGUUGGCUGUCCCAAAGGAAAAUUUUCAAGUGAGACGGCCGUCCCAACCCAGACGGCCGUCCCAACCCAGACGGCCGUCCCAAUUCUCCUGGCUCCUCCUAUAUAUGCUAGGCGUGGAUCCUUGCCUUGGUACCCCAUUCCAAGCAUUCUAUCUUGCUUCUCCUCCCUUUUUACACACUUCUAG